AUGGCCUGCCUGCUUUGGAACAGGCAUCACGCCCUGCACGCGAGCGCAACCGUGUCCUGCAAUGCCAUCGAUGAUGGAAAGCAUGACACUGAACCAGCUUGUGCCCCUCUCAACUUGCCCGACAUCCUUUCUGUGGCUUCACGUCUUCCAGUUAAUACCAAUCAUCAUGAGAGUGAACAUGUGCUGACUGCGGCCCACCCCGCCAGAUUCAUUUGUGAGAUCCGGGCCCCCAAGAUGGGGAAGCUGAAUUAUCUCGCGAGACGCAUCAGCGGUCUCAAGGCCGGCCAAGCCGUGUCCAAAGACCUGAAAAAACGUUUCCCACCCGGUGCAGGUUCCAAAUCCGCCGCACGAGACCCCUUCGUCGAGAUCGACGUGACCGGCAAGGUGCUGACCGACGAGGGCCUGGCCCAGUUCAUCGGGGAUCUCGUGGACUGCCUCGAGUUCCGGGACCAGGAGCACCCCAUGGGGCUGGCGAAAGUCACCGAGCUGCAUCUGUCCGGCAACCGGCUGACCGUGGACUCGCUGCCGAUGCUGACGGAGGUGGUCAAGCGGAGCGCGGGUGAUCUGCGCGAGCUGGAUCUGUCCACUAACGACAUCCAGAUCACGACCCCCGACGCCGUCCGGAAGUGGGCGAAUUUUCUCAACUCGUUCCAGAAGUGCUUUGUGCUGCGCAAGCUGGACCUGGGUGGUAAUGCCCUCGGGCGUGCGGGGAUCGAACACCUGGCGCGCAUUUACAUGAAGUCGGACCUGGAUUUCCUCGAGGGCGAUGCGCAUGAAGUGCUUGCGUUGGACUCUGAGGAUGAGGAACACUCAUCGACUCCGGAAUCCAUGACUGAGGGUAUGGCGCGAUUGAAGGUCAUAGCCGGUAAGGAGAACGAAAGCACCGCGCGGAAGAAGAAGUCCCCGUCUCUGCCCAAGCCAGAGCAGAAGAACGCUCAUACGUACGCCGAAUUGAAGAAAUAUGCCUGCACGCGUGGCCUUCGUUCGAUCCCAUACUUGAUCCUCACAGAUGUCUCGAUGACGAGUCAUAGUGCCAUUCAGCUGAUUCCCAUGCUCGACCUCCAGCGUGCCCCCGAGUCGCUGUUGGGCUUUCUUCCGGUAGUUGGCAAGGCCGUGGUGCUGCCUGAGAGUGCGGCGUCGUGCAAAAGCAUCAUCUGGCGACCGAACGAUAAACUGGCCCCUCAUGUGCUCAGAAUGAUUGAGGUGGCCGAGGCUCUUCAGCAGCUCCGAGAAUCCAAAGUUGAAACUGAACUCGAGACAGCAGAUCAGAGUGAUGACAACAACUUCGCAGAGGCCAGCGACACCUCCAGCGAGACGAGCCAAGACCUCGAUAGUGCUACCCAGCAGAAGCUCCAAAGCAAAUUGCGAACCGAAUUCACUCGAGUGUGCAAACGCGUACGCCUCGAAGUUAUCAGGGCUGACGGUGUGCACAGCAGCACAAUCUGGAGCACCGCUCUGAGAAUGAUGCUUGUUGCGCGAGCUCUGCUUCUAGAAGACCGAGACCGUCCCAUAGAAUGCGAAGACAACGACAUCCUAGAGCGGAUGCCGAUCCCUCGACCUACCGAAGGCCCGGUAGUUUCGUUCCCAAUGGACCCGGACAGCGAUGAUAGCUCCUCUGGCGAGCCCACCUACUACCACGUUGAGAACGCUGCGCCGUUUCACAUACGCAUCGCUCAGCCGGUGACUUCGGCGCCGCUGACCAGUUUUCUCCCAGUCCGACGUAACAAUCCGAGUAUCUCGGAGACUUCCGCAGUGAACGCAACCGGCCAACACUCCCGCUCUGCAAGUUCGGGCCCCUUCCAUCCGAGUGCCAUUAGUUUCGACUCCCAGUUUCCCAAUCUGCCGUCGGCAGCCCCGGGACCUCCUCUAGCCCUGCGUAUCCCGUCUGGGGACCUUUCUGACACCAACCAGACCAGAAGGGCCCCUCUACCCUCUCAGCCCGCGGCGACUGCCACCCGAAGGCGCAAUAUCCGCGACUCUGGCAAGCAGGAAUGGCGCUAUGAUCUUCCUUUUAAUAUCUGGCGUCGGAUCAUCGCUGAAGCAGUCGGGGCCGAUGGGACCCUGGACCUCGAGCAACAAACUCGCAUCAUGCACUACGCAAGUGACUGGGACGUCGUUGCUUAUGGCGUGCAGAUCAAGGGCACGGAACUUCACCAGCAACUCUGGAAAUUCCUAGAAUCCGUGGGCUGCUUCACCUACAGUCCCUUGUGAAUUGGAAAAGCCCUAAACAUCACGUGGGCGAGUGAAGUGGUUUGCAUCCGCAACGAUCUAGUUCCC